AAAAAGUGACAAGAAAGCCAAUUUCAUAAAGAGUAGACUAGAAAGCAACAUGGCGAAAUUCUAGGUAAAUGGCAGCAGAACUCAGUUCAUGGUUUCAUGAACCUUGGGCAUUGUGAUCCCAUUUUGUUCACCGUUCUGUAUUUUAGAAGCACUGGUUCAGUUUGUAGAAGGAGGAUUCUAGGGUACCCAACUGCAGAAUUGCAGUGUUGCCAUGCUCGAAUGCGUCAGUGCUAGACUCGCCGUCUUGCUCUGAAACUUGACGCGCAGAAAAAACUAACUCACUGCACUGCAUGGAGCUUGAAGCGUCACAAGAGGAAGGGGAAGAGGAAUCUGGUUGAGCACAAUUGUCCUUCCAGCAGUAGAUUUUAAUACCUUUGUGCCGGUUGGUUCUAGAGGAGCCAGGAAGGUGAAAGAGUAUGGGUGGCAUGUCCUUUAGGGGGCAACGCCCCCAUGGUGAUGGAGAAUGCCAGAGCGUCUGAGAAGCCGUAACCUUCUGAAGCUGACCAUCUUGUCUAAUUAGUAGCUUGUGAGACUUGGUUGAGCGGAUUUGGAAGGAUUCAAUGAAUGAAACCUCUGCAGUUGAGUUGAAUGACAACCUGUGUGGAGAUCGUGUGCAUAUCCUGCUUCUUUCCCUUCGAGGAGACGAUUGUCUUUGAAUAUGAGCUGCUCUGCAAACUCAGAUUUCAGAAUCUAAUCUUCUUCUUUCUUUUCUUUUCUUUUUUCUCUUGGAGCGCUCCUAAGCAGCACAUUUGUUCAACUCCCAUGUGGCAGUGUCUGAGGAAGACCAGGAGAUCAUGCUGAUCUUAUCUAAGCUCCAUGGCGUUUUCUGCAAGAUCUAGAUUGCCGAUUUUAGUGCCGUGCAGCAGGAACGUUUCUACAGCAACAUUGUGUCUCUCGUGCAUGAAGAUCCCCAUCGAGUGUGGUCAGCCGGGGAGUCCGUAGUUUGCAGUUCAAUCGUUUCAGCAGGGUGGGAGGGAAGGACUUUGAAGAGCCCCGCUGAAUCAGUCACUCAUGGUGAAUCCGUUGAAUCCGAAGUGUUUCUUUGACAUUGAGAUUGAGAAACAGUAUCAAGGCCGGAUAGUGAUGGAGCUUUUCGCAGACACUGUCCCAGUUACUGCGGAAAAUUUCAGGUGUUUGUGUACAGGCGAGAGAGGAGUCGGCAAGCGCGGAAGAAACCUGUGGUACCGAAAAUCGAUGUUCCAUCGGAUCAUCCCAGAGUUCAUGUGCCAAGGCGGGGACUUCACCCGUGGGAACGGACGAGGAGGCGAAUCGAUAUGGGGAGAAAGGUUACCAGACGAGAACUUCGUGCGAAAGCACGGCGGCGCUGGAGUGCUCUCCAUGGCCAAUCUCCACAAACCUCACACCAACAACUCUCAGUUCUUCAUCACCAUGGCCCCAUGCUCCUGGCUCGAUGGGUCGCACGUUGUCUUCGGACAAGUCCUGGAGGGCUUCGCUGUUGUGCAAGCCAUCGCAGCCUGUGGCAGCGCGGGGGGCACACCGAGUAAGAACGUCAUCAUCUCGCAUUGCGGAGAGCUACUCCACUCUGGGUUGUGCGAGUUCAGAGUCCCGUGUCCUCCAUACGCAAAUCCUCUGCAGCCUUUGGAUGAGACGGUGCCACCGGCACCGAAACCGCAACGGGGCUGCUGUGGGUGUUUCCCUCUUCCUGUUUUGAUCCCAGUGCCAGGCUCCUGCUUCUGCAUGCAAACCGAGCACCACGAUUUCUCCGGGAAGCAUGUGGUUCGGCGACCAGUGGAUCUGGCUCUAGUGGAACCGAGGCAGCUUGGCCCUCCUGCUCCUUUCGUCCACGCCACGUUCGUUCCUUUUUCCAAGUGCGGCGAAUUGCAACCUUGACGACGACGACAACCCCCCCCCCCCCCCCCCCCCCCCCCACGCAAUACCGUCCAUCACUGCAACACCAACCUGCGUCUCGCUUGCACUGGGAAAGAAUGUGGCUCAUCGAACAAACAACAAUCGCCGUGUUCCAGUUGGAGUUCAUGAAUGCAUAUCCCUCAGCGCCGGGGGCAACUUACCCCAUAUAGAACGACGGAACUCCACCAUUGCAACCAUAUAAUAACAGGGAUAAUUAAUAUCUAUUUUUCGAUUGAAUUAGCGAGUGAGCUCCAACAGGCUUCGUAACAUGCCAUGUCGUCCAUUUCUUGUUGGUGGUUAUGCUGUGGAUUGCAUAUAACUUCAUGUAGUAAAGAAGCAAUGGAAUUCUUUCGAAAAAUCUCAAUUUCUUAUGAACUAGCACAAAUUUUCGAAAAAUCUCAAUAAUCUCAGCUAAAUAAGUAAAAUCCCUCAAUCAAUUUUUUCUGAUGCUGCAAGUCUUUUCUUCUAACUUGUUCCUCUUGAAUCCUUAGAUUACUCCUUUUAAAUUAAUUUCUUUUACAUUUAAUGAUUCAUUUCUGAUAAACAAGGAUUUGAAUACAUACUCCUCAAAAAAAUAAAAAUAAAACCAUCAAA